AUGGGGGGGGUGUGGGUAGUGGAUGGUUGGUUUGAUGGGGAGGGUGGGUUUGGGUUUUGGGAAUGGUGGGGGGGUUGGGGGUUGGUGUUUUUUAUGAGAUAUGUGGAGGUAGUGAGAGGGUGUGAGAGGGGGGGGGGGUUAUUGUGGAAUGGAGUGUGGUUAUGGUUUGUGUUGGUUGGAGGGGAUGGGUUGGGUGGGGGUAGGGUUAGUUUGUUGUGGAGUGUUUUUGGGGUUGGGGGAGAGGUUUGGGUGUUUAGUGGUUUGUGGGGUUUGGGGUAUGGGGUGUUGGGAUUUGGUGGUGGGGGUGUUGUUUGGGUGUGA